CUCGGUGGUCGCGAAUCGAAAACGCCUCCGGAAUUGUUGCGCCCGUCCCACCUCCAAUGGCGGAUCAUCGCGUCGCGGUAAUCAUCGAGUUGAUUUCCUAUUUUUAUCCUCUCAAGGAUCAAGAAUCUUGCCCCCCACGAAGAACGAGAAAGAAGGGGCUGAAGCAAAGGCCUCCAAGGAUCAGAGCUAUCCCUUUUUGCUCGAGAGUCGGCGAUGAUCGCUUGAGGUAUUCCUCUCGCCUCUCUUUCUUUGUCCCCUUCUUUGAUUGAAUGUAGGUCGAUGCUCUUGGCAAAUUGUUUAGGGCUCUGAGAUAAUCUGAGAUAUCUGGUUGCUUCACUCCUCUGUACCUCGAGUUAUUUCUGAGGUACACCAAGGAAAAAGGUGGGCCCAAAAAGAAAACGAAGCAAACCCUGCGUGAGCGAGAUAGCUGAUAAUUUCUUGAGGUCAAUCAGAAAAAGAAAAAAAAGGUGCAUUCACCGAGGCAAGGAGAAAAAGGAAGCAAUCCUUGUUUGGGUGUGCAAGCUGAUGGUUGCUUGACGUACACUUUCACCUCUCUUUGGUUAAAAGGUUGAAUCUAGGUUCUGAUUCUUGACAAAUUCUUGAGGGGUUUUGGCGCAAUCCUUAUAACUUAUUACGUUAUUUUAAUUAACUUCUUAGGUCAAUCAGAAGAAGGUGCAAAAAAAGAAAAGGAGAAGCAAUUCCUGCAUAAGCAAUAGAAACGAUGGUUGCUUGAGUGCUGCAGUAGUCUGUCUUGUGCUGAAUACCUUAGUUCCACAACGUGGCAACCCACAAAUUUGAGCUGAGGGGGAAGUUUCUAAAACAUGGCAUCACUUGCUGAUAUUGGGAUGUCUGCUGCCCUGAAUAUCCUAUCUGCAUUGAUAUUUCUGAUUGUUUUUGCUGUACUCCGGCUUCAACCAUAUAAUGAUAGAGUAUAUUUUCCUAAGUGGUACCUGAAAGGGAUUAGAAGCAGCCCAACACAUUCAGGAAACUUUAUAAAGAAGUUUGUUAACUUGGACUGCAGAACAUAUUUGAGAUUUUUGAAUUGGAUGCCUGCAGCAUUAAGAAUGCCGGAGCCUGAAUUAAUCGACCAUGCAGGACUGGAUUCUGCCGUGUAUAUCAGGAUCUAUCUACUUGGGUUAAAAAUUUUUGCGCCUAUAGCUGUGCUUGCAUUUGGUGUUUUGGUUCCUGUUAAUUGGACUGGUGGAACACUGGAGAACAGUAAAGAUUUAACAUUCAGUGAUAUCGAUAAGCUCUCUAUAUCUAACAUUCAACCUGGUUCAGAAAGGUUCUGGGUGCAUUUGGCAAUGGCCUAUGUUUUUACACUUUGGACAUAUUGUGUAUUGUACACUGAAUAUAAGAAAAUAGCAUCGAUGAGGUUGCAUUUUUUGGCUUCUGCAAAUAGACGACCAGAUCAAUUUACUGUUCUUGUGAGAAAUGUUCCACCUGAUCCUGAUGAAUCAGUGAGUGAGCAUGUUGGCCAUUUUUUUUCUGUGAAUCAUCACGAUCAUUAUCUCACACACCAGGUUGUAUAUAAUGCUAAUAAUCUCGCAAAAUUGGUUGAGAAAAGAAAAGGCUUAGAAAACUGGUUUAUCUACUACGAAAACAAGUACAAUCGAAAUACUAACAUCAGGCCAACUACAAAGACAGGACUUUUUGGUCUGUUGGGAAAGAGUGUGGAUGCCAUUGACUACUAUAAGGCUGCGAUAGAACAGCUACUGAAAGAAGAAGCAUCAGAACGAGAAAGGAUAAUUAGUGAUCCUAAUGCUAUAAUGCCAGCAGCUUUUGUGUCAUUUAAAACCCGAUGGGGUGCAGCUGUUUGUGCCCAAACACAGCAAUCAAGUAAUCCAACUUUGUGGUUAACAGAUUGGGCUCCUGAGCCCCGUGAUGUAUAUUGGCCCAAUCUUGCUAUCCCCUUUGUUGAGCUUACAAUUCGGAGGUUAAUUAUGGCUGUUGCAAUUUUCUUUCUUACCUUUUUCUUUAUGAUCCCGAUUGCAUUUGUUCAAUCUCUAGCCAAUAUUGAGGGAUUCGAGAAGGUCUUUCCUCUCUUAAGGUCUCUAAUAGAAACGAAUCUAAUUAAGUCAUUCAUACAAGGUUUUCUACCAGGAAUUGCAUUAAAGGUCUUCCUUAUUCUUCUUCCAACAAUACUCAUGACAAUGUCCAAGAUAGAGGGUCACACAUCCUUAUCAACAUUGGACAGGAGAUCUGCUUCUAAGUACUAUCUUUUUCUUCUGGUUAAUGUAUUUCUUGGGAGUGUUAUUACAGGAACAGCAUUUCAACAACUAAAUAGUUUCAUUCACGAAUCUGCUAACACAAUUCCUGUAACUGUUGGGAUGUCUAUUCCAAUGAAAGCAACAUUUUUCAUCACCUAUAUAAUGGUUGAUGGAUGGUCAGGUAUUGCUGCCGAAAUACUUAGACUGAAACCAUUGAUCAUUUUCCAUCUGAAGAAUACAUUUUUAGUCAAGACUGAACAAGAUCGUGAGCAAGCUAUGGAUCCUGGCAGUUUAGAGUUUGCAUCCUCAGAACCAAGAAUACAACUAUAUUUCUUGCUUGGAUUUGUAUAUUAUGUUAUCACCCCAAUUUUUCUUCCAUUCCUACUCAUCUUCUUCGGCCUGUCAUAUGUUGUGUUCCGCCAUCAGGACUCAUUUCAUAAUAGCUUUUCAUUAUUCGUAGUUUGGAGUUUAGGUUACAGACUAGCUGUGCACGGAAUUAAGAUCAUAAAUGUAUACACUCAAGAAUAUGAAAGUGCUGCUGCAUUCUGGCCAGAUGUCAUUAGACGGGUGAUUAUUGCAAUGAUAAUCUCACAACUUUUGCUUAUGGGCUUGAUGAGUACUAAACAUGGUUCUCUUACUGUUCCUAUACUUGUUCUUCCUUUGUUGACAAUAUGGUUUCACAUAUACUGCAAGAGUCGAUUCGAACCAGCAUUUAUCAAGUUUCCCCUGCAGGAUGCAAUGGUAAAGGACACGCUAGAACGAGCAACAGAGCCACACCUAAAUUUGAGAGCUUACCUUCAAGAUGCAUAUGUCCACCCGGAUUUUCACAGCGAAGAUGUGGAGCAUCCAAUGAUUAUCGAGGAAGAAAACAAUACGCUUGUCCCGACCAUACGAACCUCCCGAAGGAGUACUCCUGGGGAAAGCAAAUAUAACUCUGAAGUUGGUUCUGAAUGUGAGUACUAAGUCAACUUUGUAUUCUUUGUCUCUUGAUCCUUAUCAUUGUGAAUGUCUUGUAAGGUCUUGUUGAUACCUCCUCUCUGUGAGCUUCAGGCGUUCUUAUACCCGCCUUACUUAUGGGGUAAGAUAACAACAUUACCAGAUACCUAAGUUUGGAACUCGUUGUUGGAUAUAACAUGCUCAUACUUAACCAGCUUUAGGAAAUGCUAAUAUCUGCUCUACGGCGGUAGCUCAGGCCAAGUCAG